ACAUCAGGAGAGGCACGAGCUGGCCCGCUGGCCUGCGCUCGCGAGUCAUCAGUGUCGGACACGCAGUGGGAGCGAGCAGGUCCCGAUGCACAAGUCACGGCAACCCUGGGCGGAGAUGAAGGCGGACUCCGACCGGCUCUGAUUUUUAAAAUCCCUUUUCAUUCAGGAGGUCGGUUGCCGAUGGCUAUCAAUAUGGCAGAUCCGUUAUCCCGAGAGCCCAACGCUGCAAAAAUGGCGUCACUGAACCGGGUCCGAGCUUUGGCGAUGAUUUUCCUGACUGUCACCGGCUGCUGCGUGGCCCCGACCAGCGGCAAGGAAGGGUCCGAGGAGACGGUCAUCAUCGGGCUGCGGCUGGAGGACACGGACGACAUUUCCUUCAUGGACAGGGGCUACCUGCGCGUGAGCGAGCGCUCGCGGGUGAAGCUGAGGAGCCGGGAGGACCCGUCCGGCGCGCAUCCCUGCGGGAUCCGGACCUCGGACAUCAUCAUACUGCCCAACAUUGUCCUGAACCGCAAGACGUCCGGCAUCGUGGAGAUCGAGGUGAAGCCCCUGCGCAAGACGGAGAGGAGCAAAGCCUACUUCCUGUGCACGGCCGCGGCCGCGCCGCCCGCCGCCGCCCCCGGGGGCGCGCACGACCCCUGGACCGAGCACACCUGGAUCUACCACGACGGGGACGACACGCGCGUGGUGGUGGUGGAGGAGAAGAAGUUCCUGCUGCCCUUCUGGCUGCAGGUGAUCUUCAUCUCCAUGCUGCUGUGCCUGUCGGGCAUGUUCAGCGGCCUGAACCUGGGCCUCAUGGCGCUGGACCCCAUGGAGCUGCAGAUCGUCCAGAACUGCGGCACGGAGCGCGAGAAGAACUACGCCAAGAAGAUCGAGCCCGUGCGCAGCCAGGGCAACUACCUGCUCUGCUCGCUGCUGCUGGGCAACGUGCUGGUCAACACCACGCUCACCAUCCUGCUGGACGACAUCGCCGGCUCGGGCCUCAUCGCCGUGGUGAUGUCCACCAUCGGGAUCGUGAUCUUCGGCGAGAUCGUGCCGCAGGCCAUCUGCUCGCGGCACGGCCUGGCCGUGGGCGCCAACACCAUCUUCCUCACCAAGUUCUUCAUGCUGCUCACCUUCCCGGCCUCCUACCCGGUCAGCAAGCUGCUGGACUACCUGCUGGGCCAGGAGAUCGGGACCGUGUACAACCGGGAGAAGCUGCUGGAGAUGCUGCGCGUGACGGACCCCUACAACGACCUGGUCAAGGAGGAGCUGAACAUCAUCCAGGGCGCGCUGGAGCUGAGGACCAAGACGGUGGAGGACGUGAUGACCCCGCUGCGCGACUGCUUCAUGAUCCCGGCCGACGCCACGCUGGACUUCAACACCAUGUCGGAGAUCAUGAAGAGCGGCUACACGCGCAUCCCCGUGUUCGAGGGCGAGCGCUCCAACAUCGUGGACCUGCUCUUC